AUGGAGGCGUUCAGCAACAUGGGCAACCACUUGGUUUCCAACUCCGCAGCCGCUAUCAACGCCAUCGAUGACAUUUCGACCGUCGACCCGGAUGAGAGCGUCCUGAGCCUGGCCAAGGGCCCCAGAAGACGUCAACAUGAUGACGACGAGUCGGAAAGCAUAGAAGAAGACGAUCUUGAGAGCCUCGCGUCCGCUGCUGUUGAUGCGAAUGGCAAGAAACAUGUCCAAAAGGCCGAGGAAGAGAAGGAACUGCCACCCCACGCCUGCGCCUACUGUGGCAUCCACAAUCCAAGCAGCGUGGUGCGCUGUUUGACAUGCUCCAAAUGGUUCUGCGCCGCCCGUGGAAAUACCUCUUCCUCUCACAUCGUCAACCACCUUGUCCGAGCCCGCCACAAAGAAGUCCAACUUCACCCAAGCAGCUCUCUCGGCGACACUGUACUUGAAUGUUACAACUGCGGAACCAAGAAUGUCUUUUUACUUGGCUUUAUCCCGGCAAAAUCAGACACCGUCGUUGUCCUGCUCUGUCGACAACCUUGCGCAGCGAUGCCAUCCUCCAAGGACAUGAAUUGGGACACUUCGCGGUGGCAACCUUUGAUAGAAGAUCGUUCAUUUCUGUCUUGGCUUGUUGCGCAACCAAGCGACCAAGAACAACUCCGUGCAAGGCACUUGAGUCCUCAAAUGAUUGCAAAGCUGGAGGAGCUCUGGAAAGAAAAUGCCAAUGCCACCAUCACCGACCUCGAAAAAGCGGCCAAUAUCGAUGACGAGCCCGCCCCGGUCCUCCUACGCUACGACGAUGCUUACCAAUAUCAGAAUGUCUUCGGUCCUCUGGUCAAGAUCGAGGCUGAUUACGAUCGCAAGUUGAAAGAAAGCCAGUCGCAGGACAACCUGAUUGUCCGAUGGGAUCUAGGCCUCAACAACAAACACCUGGCCAGUUUUGUUUUGCCAAAACUCGAACUAGGCGACGUCAAGCUGGCUGUGGGAGACGAAAUGCGACUCAAAUAUACUGGAGACUUACGACCAGCCUGGGAAGGCGUGGGCUAUGUCAUCAAGAUUCCCAACAACCAGUCGGACGAAGUUACGAUCGAGUUGCGAGCAAAGGGCGACCACAAGUCCGUGCCCACUGAAUGUACCCACAACUUCACGGCAGACUACGUCUGGAAGGCCACAUCGUUCGAUCGUAUGCAGCUCGCGAUGAAAACAUUCGCUAUCGACGAAAUGAGUGUCUCGGGCUACAUUUUCCAUCGCCUUCUCGGCCAUGAAGUUGCUGCAGCUCCCAUGAAAACCCAACUUCCCAAGAAGUUCAGCGUCCCUGGCCUACCAGAGCUCAACGGGAGUCAGAUCAAUGCCGUCAAAUCCGUCCUACAGAAACCUCUCAGCUUAAUUCAGGGCCCUCCAGGCACUGGAAAGACCGUGACCUCGGCCACCAUUAUUUACCAUCUGUCAAAGAUCAAUGGAGGUCAAGUCUUGGUUUGCGCACCCUCUAAUGUAGCUGUCGAUCAACUCUGCGAACGCAUACACCGCACGGGACUGAAGACUGUUCGAGUGACUGCGAAAUCCCGAGAAGACGUGGAGUCAUCCGUUGGCUUCCUCUCCUUGCAUGAACAAGUCCGAAUGAACGACAGCAAUGUGGAACUGGCGAAGCUGAACCAACUCAAAUCCGAACUCGGCGAAUUGUCGAGCCAAGACGAGAAAAAGUACAAGUCGUUAACCCGGGCAGCGGAGCGGGAGAUCCUUCAAAAUGCCGAUGUGAUAUGUUGUACCUGUGUCGGUGCUGGGGAUCCAAGACUUGCUAAGUUCAAGUUCCGCACUGUGUUGAUUGAUGAGUCCACCCAGUCAGCAGAACCGGAAUGCAUGAUCCCUUUGGUUCUUGGCUGCAAGCAGGUUGUCCUUGUUGGUGACCACCAGCAACUGGGGCCGGUCAUUAUGAACAAGAAAGCUGCAAAAGCCGGCCUCAAUCAAUCUCUCUUCGAGCGCCUCGUCGUCCUGGGCUGUGCGCCAAUCCGUCUGAAUGUGCAGUAUCGCAUGCAUCCCUGCCUGUCCGAGUUUCCGUCAAACAUGUUCUACGAAGGAUCGCUUCAGAAUGGCGUUACCAUGCAAUACCGUCUCCGGAAAGAUGUGGAUUUCCCCUGGCCUGUUCAAGACGCACCCAUGAUGUUCUGGUCCAACCUUGGAAACGAAGAAAUCUCAGCAUCAGGUACCUCGUAUCUCAAUCGCACGGAGGCGGCCAAUGUGGAAAAGAUUGUCACUCGUUUCUUCAAAGCCGGGGUCAAGCCGUCGGACAUCGGUGUCAUCACUCCAUACGAGGGUCAACGCAGCUACAUUGUUAGCUCCAUGCAAGCCACGGGGACCUUUAAAAAGGAGAUGUACAAGGAAAUUGAGGUCGCUUCCGUCGAUGCGUUCCAGGGUCGGGAGAAGGACUUCAUCAUCUUAUCAUGUGUCCGGUCAAACGAUCACCAGGGCAUUGGUUUCUUGAGUGAUCCCCGUCGUUUAAACGUGGCCAUGACUCGAGCCAAGUACGGGUUUGUGAUCCUCGGCAACCCCAAAGUCCUCUCUAAGCACCCACUCUGGCACUAUCUCUUACUUCAUUUCAAAGAACGGAACUGUCUAGUGGAAGGCCCUUUGAACAACCUCCAGGUGUCUCUGCACCAAUUCAGCCGACCUAAACAAUCUUACAGGGGCCCACAACGCUAUCAGAUGGCAUACAAUCACGCUAGUCAUAUGGCAAGCGGCAUGAUGAACGGGCGAACGCCUCCGCGCAACGACUACCGUGAACCAGCAGGUUCGGUCGUUGGCUACAUACCGGAUGACGUUUCAUCCAUCCACUCCUCUGCCAUGGGUGGAGUUGGUGUACCAGCAGGCUAUCCCCCAAUGUUCCAAGGCUUCACACCUGACGCAUGGCCCUCUCUUCAAAACACUCACGCGCGCCGACAAAAUGGAGUCAAGGCAAGAGCGGUCCCGAGUAGCGUGGCGGGAGAAUCCACAGUGGCCACCGAAUCCGACAUCACGGGCAGCAUUCUUGGACAAGGAGGGGUCAGUCUGGAUCAAUUGUCCAUUCAUGAUACCCAUAAACAGCCCAGCUACAAUCAGGCGGAUCGACUCAAGAGAUAUGUGGAAGGGGGAGUCCCUGCAUCUGGUGGCUACAUGUCGGGUCACAAACUCGGCAAGUUGAUGCACGAAGAUGAAGACGCCAGGAGCGUUUCGACUGCGUUUGCCAGUCAAGUUGGUGGCAGCUACGACUGA